UACUGGCCUAGUUUCAAACGUUCAACUUUUAUUGUGUCAACAAACUCAGACUUACCUCGUCGGCGCCUGUUUCCAGCUGUUAUGUGUGUUCGUAUUCAGGUGCCACCCCUCGCAGUCAGCGCAUAGCUGGCUAUUUUUAGGCAGCGCGAACGUCUUAGCCGACUGUGCGGUGAGUCACCAGAGAGUCUAAGCCGGGUCUAUACUCGUCAUCAUCGUCUCGGCCCACACACACUCACACACACACACUCGCAGACAUACAGAGAGUUAACAAUUUGCGAGAGCGUUAACUUUAUUUGGAAAUGGCGUCACAUGAUGCGACCGAGCCUCCCAUCUCAAAGCUGGCCCAAAUGCGGAUGCGCUUCCAGCAAAAGACGCACGAGGAGAAGGAGCAACGGCGCCAAGAGCUCAAUAUUGCCACUGAAACUGCAACUGCAGCGCGAGGCGCCUCCUCCCGGCUCAUGGGCAAUGGAAAAGUGCGUCAAAUGUUUGAUGAGCGACGUCGUGGCGCCGGUAUAGAUCGCAGCAAUCUAUUGCGACCCAUUGGUGACUUACGUGCCCAGCAGACACAUCAGACACAUCAACAAAAUCGGCAACAUCUACAGCAACUGCAACAGCGGCAACAUCAACAGCAACAGCAACAUCUUAUCAAGGGCUUCUCUACAUUGGGUCUAAAGGACAAACCAACCACCUGCAAAGGGCGACAGAGGUCCAGUGACAGCAACAACAACAACAGCAGCAUCAAAUACAAUGCUCCAAGCACUGGAACUAAUGCGAAUCGCCUGAAGCCUGUGAUAACGCACAAGACGCCUCCCAACAGGGAUAAGGAAGUUCAACUUCGGGUCGUCAAUUCGACGCCACCCAGCAGUGGCCGAACUAUGACACUGAGGCGAACUCCCAAGGCGACGACCGCAGCAACAGCAACAACAACUGCGUCUCCAGCAACUCGUCCAACUGCCGGACGAUCUGUAGAGCAGGAGAAAGGCCACCUGACGCCCCCAAAGGCACGCCAGGUCACCCCAAAAUCUCCAGUUACCAAAUCUCAAAUGAAUCAACAGGCGCCGGAGGGCACUUCUAGUUGCCGUUACUGCGGCCGUCACUUUAAUACUGAGCGUCUGGGCAAGCACGAGGAUGUCUGCCAGAGGACCAUGACCACAAAGCGCAAGAUUUUCGAUGCCUCGAAGCAGCGUGUCAAGGGAACUGAUAAUGAGAAGUAUGCCAAGCGACAGCGGCAAGUGCCUCGAUCCCAGUCCACGUACAGCAGUGCGGCACAGCAGCAGGGUCUAAUCACAGGCGUUAAGAAGAGCAAUUGGCGCAAGAAGCACGAGGAGUUCAUCCAGGCUAUUAGGGCUGCCAAACAGGUGCAGGCGCAUUUGGCACGUGGCGGCAAACUGAGUGACUUGCCACCGCCACCGCCCUCGGAGAAUCCAGAUUACAUUCAAUGUCCGCAUUGCGGCAGGCGAUUCAAUCAACAGGCUGCCGAGAGACACAUUCCACGUUGUGCCACCAUGGUUCACAACAAACCGCGUCGGAGCAAUCCGCAGGCGGUGGCAAAGAAGCGCUAGCCAGCAUUCGGAUUGGGCUAAUUCCGUUCCCUAUUUAAUGCAUGUGAUAAAAAAAAGGAUUUAAGUUGAUGAAGUUAGCUGACUUAAAGUGAUGACUAAUCCGAAUGUAUUCCCACAUCUUAUGCUUAUGGUUUAUUCCAGGAAUCGCAGAUAAUAAUAAGAGAAA